AUGGCCCCCUUAGCGAAACUCCCGGACAAACUGAAGCCUUCUGAUGACACCAUCGACAUGACGUUGGCAGCAGCGCGAUCGCUCUUCAGCGUUGGAGAAAAUGUGCUCACGUACGUACCUGUCCCAGGGCUGGAACACGCGGCAACUGCGCUCGUCAAAAUCAUAGACGCGGUACAGGUCGGUGUUGCUAGAAAUGAGGAAGAACAACGAGAAUACGCGGAAAUUAGCCGGCAGGAUCAGCGAGCUGGCAAUCGUGUCUUGUCGCCAUUGUCCCCACUCGUAGAUCGGAUCGAGCGUCUCACCGCGAAGCUCAAUACUAUCGCAGAGAAGGCCCAAAAGAUGAAUGAACGAUCACGGGUCGGCAGGCUGCUCAAACGUAAGAAAGAUGCGGAAAUCUUACAGGAUCUUGGAAAAGAGGUAGAGAAGGCCACUAAGGACUUCCGCCUGGAGGGAGGCAUCGCAAUAGAAGCACUUCUUGGCACGAUGCAAGAAGACUUCUCGGCAAUGCGGAAGUUCCAGAUGGAUGAUCACGAUAGAAUGACACUCGAUCGUCUUCCGCAUGUAUCCGCCGCAAGCCAUCGGUCCGGGAUCCAUGAAUCAAAAGCGAGAUACCUCCCUGGAACACGCGAAGAUCUUAUGAAAAAGAUUGAGGGAUGGGCCAAGGGGGCAUCCGAUGCAGUGCACCGCCGCAUCUACAUCCUCAGUGGUGCCGCCGGGACAGGCAAGUCGACCAUCGCAUGCGAAGUGGCCCGGCGGCUUGAACGCGAUGGUCUCCUUGGUGCUUCCUUCUUCUUCGCUAGAGGCUCUGAGCAAUUGGCGACGACUCGGUUGGUGUUCACGACGAUCGCACACCAACUGGCUUCUCAUCAACCGGAUGUGACCCGUCCUAUCGUCGAUGCUGCUGGUGCGUAUCUUGCCAAGGGGAGCGAUCCACAGCAGAUGGAGUAUGCGCUAGACGAGCUCAUUAUUGGGCCCCUACGAAAGUUGUCCGCAGAUCAUCCUCCGAUCGUGAUUGUCAUCGAUGCGCUCGACGAAUGCACGGAUGCUGCGCAAGAGCUGGUCCCGAAGAUGCUGUACCUAUUUGCUGCUCGUAUAGCAGCCAUGCCCUUUCCACUCCGAGUCUUCAUCACUUCUCGUCCCGACUAUCACAUUGAACAUGCUUUUGACUCGGUGGAAUUCAAGAACGAUUACGCUCUGUUCAAACUGCAGGAUGUUCCUAAAACGACAGUGAGUAGAGACAUCGAAAGAUAUCUGACUGACCGGAUAUCGAGGAUGCCACGAGGCAAGGAGCUGUUGAACGAUCGACCGAGUGCAAUUUUCAAUUUGACAAAGAAGGCUGAUGGUCUCUUUAUCUUUGCGUCCACUGCCACCAACUUCCUUAAUGAAGAUCCAGACUGCGCCAUACAGCGUCUGGAGAUUCUCCUUGCAGAUGGGAAGCACGAUACGCGGCAGGAUCUAAGCCAUCUAGACCAAUUGUACGCUCUCGUUCUCAGGAAUGCGUAUAGGGACGCGCUGAUUCGCGAUGCGGACCGCAUGCGCAAGGUCAAUCUUGUGCUGGCCGCCAUCGCGUUGCUUCAAGAUCACCUUACUAUCAAUGCGAUGGCAUCACUGAUUAGCAUCCCCGUUGAGGAAAUAAGAUCCAUCAUCCGACGUCUCGCAUCGGUCAUCUUGCUCGACGCCGACGACAUGGUCCGCCCAUUGCACGCUAGUUUCCCACAAUUUCUCACUGAUCCUCGCCGCUGCGCGGAUCGUAUAUUCUACGUCGACCCUGGAACUUACCAUGCGCACCUUUCGGCCUCUUGCCUCUCGGCACUCAACAACAGCCACAACCUGAAGCGAAACCUGUGCCGGCUUCCUGGUCCGACGAUGCUGAAGAUUGAGGUGAACGAUAUUUCGUCGCGUGUGUCGAAGAAUCUUCAAGCACAUGUACAGUACGCGUGCACGCACUGGGCCGCCCAUGUUUGCAGUACACCUCCCGCUCUCGCCACGGAGACUCUCGAUCAACUGAGACUCUUCCUCACGGAGAAAUUGCUCUUCUGGUUCGAAGCAUUGAGCCUCAUGAAUCGACUUGAGAUCACACCUGAGGCGCUAUUGAUGGUGCGAUCCUGGUACCAGCAUUGUUGCGCGUAUGAUGACGGCAACAUCGAAUCGCUUAUCGACGACGCAUAUCACUUCAUUCUUGAAUACUUCGACGUCAUAAACGCCUGUCCAGAGCACAUCUACAUCUCUGCGCUGCCAACAAUGCCUUGCUGCAAGCUUCUCGACACCUACAUGACUUCUCAACUGCAAUCACCCGGUGUAAGGAUGCUAACAGCCCGCGCAAACAAAUGGAGUGCUUGCAUCAGGGUCAUCGAGGGAAUCGCCAAAGGCGUUAGGGCUCUCGCCUAUUCUGCAAAUGGCCGUUGGAUCGUAGCGGGGAUCAACGACGGCACUGUCCGAUCAUGGGAUGCUCGUUCCGGCAUACCUCUUAAUACGAUGGCUCGUCAUCGGAAACCAGUCACUUUGGUAGAUAUCUCGCCAGAUAACACCAGGAUUGUCUCGUACGGAGGGGAUAUCAGAGUCUGGAACUUGACAUCCGGCGCCCUACUGUGUAUCAUCAAUACAAAUAACACGUCACUCACAGCUCUCUCAUUCUCCUCGGAUGGCAAAAAAAUCCUGUCUACUGUUGACGGAGCCCACAGCAUGUCUGCGUGGGAUUCCUACACUUUUGCAAAAUUGCCAGAGUCCAGCAAUGAGGCCAACGACAGCCCCCACUCCUCCAUGUUGCCUUGCUGGGGAACCUCGAUGGUUUUACGAGCAUACAGAGUGGUGCAUAUCCUUGAUAUCGAGCGGAAGGAGAUACGAAGAUCACUUCGUGGCCACUCCGAACACGUCACACAUGCACUUUUCUUUCCUGGCGGAGAUUCAAGGGUUCUUUCAUGUGCGGCAUCGCAAGUAAAGAUUUGGGACGUACCUUCCGAGCGCUGUCUCAAAACCUUGGAAACCUUUGGUCAUAUCUGCAGCAUUGCAAUAUCUCCAGGGGGUGAUCGUAUUGCCGCGGGUUGUGAAGAUAGAGUUGUUCACGCAUGGGAUGCGAAGACGGGUGAUCGCCUUGCAGUGCUACGUGGUCACUUGGACGCAGUCAAGUCUAUCUGCUUCUCCCCGGCCGGAGAUCGACUGACAUCUGGUGGGACUGAUCGUACCAUCCGCGUAUGGGACCUGAUGAAUAGCAAUGGUUCUUACCAGUCGGACAGCAGUAUCAGUCCACCUGAGGUACGGGAACACCGUGUUAUGCUGGUCGUUCUCUCCGAAGACGGAGAGCUGGCAGCGUCAGCAGCUCGCAACAACGCUAUAACGAUUUGGCACGUGCAGUCAGGCACUCCCACUUCCACGAUUACACAAUCUUGUGCCGUUGCUGGCAUGGCAUUUUCUCCAAAUAACAAACACAUUGCGGUGAUCUGGUUCGAUGGUACUUUAGAGACCUACAAUGUUGAAGCCGGCCACCCAAUCGUCACCACAAUGCUCCUAGGCAGCAUGAAGAAUGUGCAGUACUCCUCGAGUGGGCGUUGGCUCGCCGUAUGGGACACUCCCGCUGCAGCAUAUGGAGACUGUCAUCUUCACUUGUAUACCGCUUCCGACCUUACUUUGCCGGCGACGACGAUCGAAUUGAAGCGCCGGUCUACGGCCACGGACCAAUGCGUCGACGCAAUCGAAGUAGUCGCAUUCUCUCCGGACGACAGCAGUGUUUGCGCUCAAACUAUCGAUGGCUCGAUCUUCCUCUGGGACUGUCACAGCGGAAAGUGUUUGUCGCCGGCAGAAUUGAAUUGGAUCGCCCGUUCAAAUUCUCGCCCAGCGUCAAUCGACUUCCGAAUUGAUAAUGGGUGGGUGAUAGACGGAUCUGGCCGCAAGGUCUGCUGGGUUACUGCAUCCAGACGGCCGGAUCGGUACAAGAUGGAUAAAGCUCUACCUAGCCAUGGGUGUAAUUUAGUGAUCGGCGCAGAGACUGGGAUCGUUACUAUUCUCGAUGUCUCAGAAUAG